AUGGCCGAAGAUCAAGGAAAUCCAGAGCACCUGGCCUUUGAGUACGAUCAAGAGCCAGGACGAGAUCACGAGCAGCCAAGACCGAACCUGCCACCCGAGCGAACAAUGCGAGAAUACCGAACUCCAGCUAUGAAUGAGAACUAUUCGGGAAUCAGGAAACCGACGAUAGCCGCAAAUAACUUCGAGCUGAAAACGGGGCUAAUCAACAUGGUCAUGGCGAACCAAUUCUCCGGAGCAGCCACUGCGGAUCCGAAUCUCCAUCUUGCCAAUUUCUUGGAAAUUUGUGACACGAUCAAAGUUAACGGCGUUUCUGAUGAUGCCAUUCGGUUGAAGCUAUUCUCAUUUUCUGUCAGAGACAAAGCGAAGAGUUGGCUUCUGAGUCUCAAUCCAGGAUCACUCACCUGUUGGGAAGAAUUAUCACAAGCCUUUCUGGCACGAUUCUUUCCACCUUCGAAGACCGCACAACUACGAAGAGAUGUAGGCAACUUCAGACAGAUGAGCCAAGAGCCGAUGCACGAGUCUUGGGAGAGAUUCAAGGACUUAUUACGACAAUGCCCUCAACACGGAUUCAACCCGUGGGAUCAAAUGGAGUUAUUCUACAAUGGGCUCGAUCAACCAGCCCGAUCUCUAGUCGAUGCUGCUUCAGGUGGAUCAUUACAAAACAAGACUCCCACAGACGCUCGAGACAUUGUCGAGCGAAUGUGUGAGAAUGCGUACCAUUGGCCGUCCGAACGGAGUGGUGUACAAAAGGUGGCCGGAGUCCAUCAACUCGAACCUUUAGCCGCAGUUUCAGCACAAUUAGCGAUCCUAUCAAAUCAGGUCGCCCAAAUUUCAGUUCGAGGGCCACAGACCGAACGAGUAGCAGCAGCAAGUACCUCACAAGCCACAAACGACGAUUGGGAGCAGGCACACUUUAUGAACCACCGAUUCAACAAUUUCCGAGGAACCAACAAUCAGAACCAAAACCCUACUCAUUACCACCCGGGAAUUCGGAAUCACGAGAACUUCUCCUAUGCCAAUCCGAAGAAUGCUCUACAACCACCUCCCGAUUUCAACCAUCAAAGAGAGCAACGAGGGCCAACGUAUGACGAGCGUCUUCACCGACAAGAACAGGAAAUGGAGGGGCUGAAAUCAACAAUGAAGAACAUGGAAAAGCAAAUAGGGCAAAUCGCCCAAUCCAUGUCCACAAUGGCAAAAGGUGGAUUCCCGAGCAAUACCGAAGUCAAUCCAAAAGAAAGCUGUCAAGCCAUAACCACCCGAAGUGGUCUGCAAAUGACCGAUCCUCCUUAUCCGACAGACGAAUCACCAAGGCCAGCUGUACAACCGACCCCGGUCGAGCCGGAAAUCACCGUUUCAGGGAGUAAUACAAAAGAGGCUAGUAAGCCCAAUAACAUUUCUUUUCCUGAUAAUCCCCCUCUUUUGGUAACUCCUAUUCCUUUUCCAGAAAGACAGAAGAAGAAGAAGUUCCAGCUGAAGGAAAUAUUCAGGAAUCCUUCCCAGACGAGCAACUGCUCGCCAUUAGUACUCACACUCCGUGAUGGUGGAUUUGUCGAUCGUUGUUGA